AUGGUUGCUUUCAAUGAAAGGACGCUGGAGCUAGCUCGCAAUGAGACUUUGGGCUCGGUGGCGGAGUGCGACGGCCGCAGCACCCGGCAAGUUUUGCAGCGGCGACUGGGGAGCUUCCUGCUGCUGCACUGCGCAGCACUCCUCUCACAAAUCCUGGCCAUGGUGGACUUCAUCAUGACGGCGAAUUACAAUAUGAUCUAUGCCAUGAUGGCGCCACUGAUUCUCUCAGGCUUGGUUUGCACGCACGCCGCCUGGACGGCAGAGCCGACUCAGCUUAGCUGGGCCUGGGGUCUGCCCUUGAAGAGCCAACCUUGGUGGCUCAAGGCGAUCCUGUGGAUUCCGAUGGGUCUCUUCCAGGGCGUGAUCGUUCUGCUCGCAUACGACGAGUAUCUGGAUCGCCAGGAGCGCCAACAGCCCGGGCAAUCCCACCAGCAUCGCGAGACAUCGGCCUGGAACCGGUACCACUGUAAGGCUGUGGCGGCUUUAUGCGAAGGGCUGCCGGCCAUCACUGUCUUAGCCUGUGCCUGGUGGAGUUUGAACUAUCCACCCGAGAAGCCGCUCAUGAAGAUGUCCUGGCACUUCGAGCGUCCCUUUCUGGGGAUUCUGGGAAUCAUCCUUUUCAUCUCCGCCGGCUCCGGCAUGGUGGAGCUCGACUUCUGCUGCUCGGGCGCCGUGGCGCGAGAGAUGCGCAAGUCGUUGAGGUACGAGAUGCUCCACUUGCUGUUUCGCUUUUGUGAGGUGCUGAGUCGAACAGUGAUGAUGGUGGCCUUUGUUGUGACCACUCGCCAUUUGGUCUCUUGGUGGUGGUGCCCGGCAGCAUCCAACAUCAUCUUCACGUACCUUCUCGUGCUUUACCAUGGAGGUGACGAAUGCCGAUCAUCCGUACGACUGCUGUGCAGCAUACCCUGCGCAUGGGUCAAUCUCUUCUUCUUCGUGGACUCGCCUUACAAGCGGCGAGCAGCCCGGAAGAUCUCCAGGUGGCUGGACAUCAAGUUUCUCCUGGAGGUUGUCAUCCUGCCCCUGCUGGUGGUUUCGGCUGCUGCUGCAGCCGGGGACCGGGCAUGGAAGGACAUGAAGAAUAACGUCUACAUGCACAGCUUUAUGUUUUCGAGUAUGGCAGCUUGCCUGUGUGGCUACUUCUGCUUGUGGGUGUGGCUGCAAUGCACCAUCGUCCGACAGAUCAAUCUGAUCGACAUCUACACUGCCGCAGAGAACGGUAACACCCAAGAAGUGAAGGAUGUAAUGGAGAAGCUGGUGCAAGAGCUGAAGGAGUUGACCCGCAGCGCUUCAGCCGACAUCGAUGUGAAUAGGCCCGACGUGGAUGGCAACACCCCUUUGAUGCUGGCAACGCGCCAGGGGCAUGCGGAGGUCUGUGAAUGCCUUCUUCAAGCUGGCGCUUUGGUGAGCACCAGGCAUUCUGGAAAGCGGUCGCAUCCACGGAACUUUUUCACUCGUCCUGCCCAGCGGGGGUGGACGGCGCUGCACGUGGCUGCAUGGCAGGGCGAGGAUCGCGUGGUCCGGGCUUUGCUGGAAGGCGGGGCCUUGGAAGAGGAAGGUGUUGACUACGUGGACCUUUUCGGCGAAACACCAUUGCAUGUGGCCACGCGCUACGGGAACCUGGAGGCCGCCCGGCUGUUGGCCUUGGCAUGUCCGAGAUGGACGGCGACGUUGGAUUUUCGGGGGAAGAGGCCCUGCGAUCUGGCUCGAUCUGAGGGCCUUCGCAUGUCCUUGUCACAAAGUUGGGACUCCUGGGACCCCCUCCAGUUCCAGGCUCAGGCCCAGGCAGCAGCGGAGGAGCUGAACUUGCCCGCCUGGAGGAACCCACCCCGUCGACCGAACGGCCAAGAAGAUUGGUGCUCGGUGCCACUACACAUCUCGAGGAACAAGGAGCUGCUGGUGGCGCCAGGCUUAUGCUCGUAUAUCGCAGCGAGCUGCGGCGGGGCCCUAGGGCGGCUUUGCCUCACAAAGCCAGAGGUCCGAGAGGUCCAGGACCAACCCGAAGAAGAGCGGCUAAAACUGGAGGACCUGGUACAGAUUGAUCCCUUCGGCCGUGAGGUGAGUUACUUCGGCCGAGAGCUAAGCCCUUGGCAGAAUGCCCCCGCGCUGAUCGGCGAGGGCCGCUUCGGGGAAGUCUUCCGCGCGAAGCAUCGGCAGAGUGGCUCAUGGUACGCGGUGAAGGUUUUCAAGACACAACAGCGGCCUGUCGCUCCGGAGGUGGUGAGGGAGUGUGAGGUGGGGACGCACGUCCGUCAGACUCCACAUCCCUGCAUCGUUCGGCUGCACAUGGUGAACUUGGACGACGUAGGACUCUACACUCUUGUGAUGGAGUUCUGCCAUACAAAUCUCCUACAACAACUUCGUCAAGCCAAGCGCGGACGCGGAGCAGCCUUCAGGCCUCCGUCACAAACUCUCGACUGGGUUGGUCAGAUCUUCCUUGGCCUGGAGCACAUGCAUCACAGGCUCAACACCAUGUUCCGGGACUUGAAGCCUGAAAACGUAGUCUUGGAUGGCCAACUCUGCUGCAAGCUCGCCGACUUCGGUGCUGGGCGUUUGGGUCCCUCUUCUGGGACCUUCUCCUUUGGGCAUCCGGCAGGUAGCCCUGGCUACAUUGCGCCUGAGGUCCUUGGCGGGAUGCCACACGAUGAGGGUGCUGACCUCUACUCGCUGGGAGUGCUGGCCUGGCUGCUUUUCACUGGCGGGAUGCCAAACGAGGUGCCACCCAUGGCAGGCCGAAGCGAGUGGCAGGCGAUGCGAUCGGAUAGAGAAGACAAGACAGUGCCGGGAGCACACCUCUAUGACUGGACACUGUUGGACCGCUGCAUUCGCGACAACUUUCCUCCAUUCCAAGGAAUGGAGUCGGCUGGGCCAAACCAGGCCAGUGAGGUUCGGGCUGAUGUCUUGGACUCCCGCCGCAAGAAUAGAUCAGUGGAGACUCACUGGCCCUACUGGUAUCUUGUGGGUACCAACCACAAGACAGGAACCGAGCUGCUUAGAUCCUUGGUUGGACGAGUGUUUUUGGUGCUCGGGGCCACCUACUCCUGCCAAGUGUCGCCAGCCGGUCCUUGGGGUCAACUCACCACCGACGGAAUCCACAACUGCAGCGAUUCCCCGGAUGCACACAUCCGCUUCGCCAAGGACGUCACACCCAACGACCUUACGACGGUCCGGCACCUCGCUGCGGCCGCUGCUGGGGAAAUGCGUGCCGUGAUGACGAUCCGGGAUCCUGCCGCCAUGCUGGCAUCUGCAUACUGCUAUCACCACCGUGGCAUGGAGUACGGCUUGCAGCCUGCUCCUGAUCGGAAACCGUGGCCAUGGCCUGGUAUCAUGUCGAUGGGUCCUGCUGAGGGAAUGGAGGCCCUCUCAGAUGGCAUGUUCGGAGUGAUCGAAAGCAUGACAGAAGCAAUGGAGAUCGCUGAUGUCAAUGACACGCUGGUCCUACGCUUUGAAGAUAUAACACGGUCCUCAGAGGACUUCGACCGUUCGACAGCAGCGAUUGUGGACUUUUUCUUUCAGGACUUCUUCUUGCAGGGGGUGAUCCCUGCCGAGCUACGGAGCCAAAUGCUGCUGGCGGCUCAAACAGCGGAUCUGCACCGGACGACUGUGGACGAAGGUGCGCCAGGUGAAGCGCCUCAUUCUAACGAUAAAGACUGCGAGGAGGCAGCGAUGACCACGCUGCCUUCGCUUACAGACGUGUAUGCGCAGAUCCAGGACGCAGAAGCCAUGUUGACGAGUACCCCUUGCUUGCAUAACUUCGUAACUGCUUAA